AUGGCUUACAUGACCUAUGCCAUUCUCAUCACCGGCUUCAUCUACCCCGAUCGCGGCUUCAAUUGGGCCUUGUUCUGGGAGCUGCUCCGUCCUGAUACGUUUUUGCUUGCCGCAGCGGUCCUGGCUGCCAUCGCCGUGGCCUUUCUCAACGUCCAAAUCCCCUCGGCGCUUGGCCAACUGGUCAACAUUGUGACAACCACCCGAGCUCCUGGCGAGAUGCGAGCUUCUGCCCUCCAGCUUGCCGUGCUCUAUCUGGCCCAAGCUACCUUCACCUGCGUCUACAUCUCCCUGCUUGGCAUGGUCGGCGAACGCUUUGCUGAACGUGUGCGCAACCGCCUUUUCGAAUCACUUCUCCGCCAAGACUUGGCGUUCUUUGAUACGCGCCAGAGUGGCGAAAUCGUCUCCCGCCUCUCCGGCGACGUCCAAGAAUUCAAGAGCUCUUUCAAGCAAGUCGUCAGCAUCGGUCUACGCAACGGCCUGCAAGCUGUUGGCAGCCUCAUCUCCAUGUAUCUGGUCUCACCACAACUCACAAGCUACUUGGCCGUGGCUGUGCCGCUCGUCAUUGCCGUCGGCACUUCACUCGGCUCGCUGCUUCGCUCCAUGUCAAAGGACGGCCAAGCCAUCGUGGCCGAUGCCAACGGAUCGGCCAGCGAGGUGAUUGGCAACAUUCGCACCGUGCGUGCCUUUGGCAUGGAAGAUCGUGAGGUCAACGAGUACAGCAGCUUGGCCGCAAAGUGCCGCACGCUGUACAUCAAACUAGCAUUCGGCAUUGGCGUUUUUACGGCGGGCUCCAACCUCUUUGUCAACAGCCUUGUGCUGAGUGUCAUUUAUUUUGGUGGCAAGCUCAUGGAUCAAGGAACCCUGGGUGCUGGCAAUCUCAUGGAGUUUCUAGUGUGUACGCAAACCAUUCAGCGUGCGCUGUCCCAGACCUCUGUCCUCUUUGGCCAAUUGGUCCGAGGCACGAGCUCUGGCUCGCGUGUCUUUGAGUACCUGGAUCGUGAACCCAUUAUCCCAACCAAGGGCGGCAUGACCCUGUCGUCGGUCGACGGCGACAUUGAGUUUGUGCGCGUCACCUUUUCCUACCCCUCGCGCCCAGAGCAGGCUGUGUUGCGGCACUUUGACUUGCGUCUCAAGGCUGGCAAGAAAACGGCACUCUGUGGGCCCAGUGGCGCCGGCAAGUCAACCAUUGCUAACCUGGUUGAGCGCUUCUAUGAUCCCACUGAAGGCGCUGUGAUGUUGGACGGGCAUGACAUUCGCACCCUCGACCCGCAAUGGCUCCGCUCCAAGGUGAUUGGCUACGUGAACCAGGAGCCGGUGCUGUUUGCCACCUCAGUGCUGGAAAACAUUCGAUAUGGUCGCCCAGAUGCCACGCCUGAGGAAGUCUACGAGGCCGCUCGGAAGGCCAAUGCCCACCAAUUCAUCUGCGGUUUUCCCGAAGGCUACGACACGGUGGUGGGCGAACGCGGUGUAACAUUGAGUGGUGGUCAGAGUCAGAGAAUCGCGAUUGCACGAGCCAUCUUGACGCGCCCUCGCAUCCUCAUCCUGGAUGAGUCGAGUUCAGCCAUGGACGCUGAAUCGGAACACCUGGUGCAAGAAGCUCUGGAUCGCCUGACCAAGGACAAGACGGUGCUUGUCAUUGCACAUCGCCUGUCUACCAUUCGCAACGCCGACGAAAUUGCCGUUCUUCAUGGGGGCGAGGUGGUGGAGUUGGGCACUCACCGUGAGCUUUUGCGCAAGCAAGGCGUGUACGCCAACUUGGUCAAACACCAGCUUUCUGGUGAAGGAGGCUAUGUCGUGUAA